AUGCCAGUCAUUGCAUCUUCUAUCCGACUCGGUCUUGCCCCUCGAUCUCUCAGUUACAGAUCACUAUCCACCUUCUCUCCCUCACUAGCAGCAGCAGCGUCCUCUCCCGCUCCAACUACCAGUCGAUACGUUAGAAAGACAGCUGUACCUAUCAAACCAUCAUCAGCCAAAGCUACCUCAAGUACCAGUACCAGCAAAACAUCCAAAUUCAACCCUACCCCUACACCAACCCCCCCAUCACAAUCGGCGAAUUCAGAGAUAUACGAUGAUUUCCCUGAUGAUUUCCCUCUACCUUCCAAUGAACCUAUAAUAGAUGAUUAUUCUCAUUUGGCCCCUUCUCCCACCAAAGCAACUCCUACCGCUUCACCACCUCUGACGAACCUUCCAGGAGACAAUUACACGCCUUUACCCUCUGCUGGAGGGAUAACGGGUGAAGCUCCAGUGGGAGAGGGGAACGACUGGUCGUCUUCUUUUGCGGGAUUGAGCGAACGUCCGUUCCCUAAAGAGGUUGCUAAUGAGUUGUUGAGGGAGUUGAGACCUGAAGAUGUCGAGAUCAAACCUGACGGUCUGCUCUAUCUCCCCGAAAUAAAAUACCGACGUACACUGAACGCAGCGUUCGGUCCAGGAGGAUGGGGUCUGGCACCUAGGGGAGAAACCAAUGUUGGACCUAGGAUAGUCAGUAGGGAAUGGGGAUUGGUAUGUUUAGGAAGACUCGUAUCGAUAGCUAGAGGUGAACAGGAAUACUUUGAUCCAUCGGGUAUACCCACUGCUACAGAGGCAUGUAAGAGUAAUGCUCUGAUGAGGUGCUGUAAGGAUCUGGGUAUAGCAAGUGAAUUAUGGGAUCCAAGCUUCAUUAGAGAAUUCAAAGCGAAGUAUUGUAAAGAAGUGUAUGUCGAACAUGCAACUACUAAGAAGAAGAAGAAGCUAUGGAGAAAGACUAAGGGACCCAAAUUCGAGUACCCAUGGAGGGAAGGUGCAUAG